ACGAGGCUGAUUUUGUUGGACCAAACUCUCAACCGCCUGGACGGACUACUUGCCAACCUUACCUUCUUCUUCUUUCUCAUCAUCAUGCUCAAAUCAUUCAUUCUUCUUUUCCAUUAAUUAAACAAACAUCAAUAUGGCUUCUUCUUCAAAAGUUGGAAAUAGCUCCUACGAUUACUCCUUUAAGGUUUUGUUGAUUGGUGAUUCUGGUGUUGGCAAGAGUAGUCUUCUUCUCACCUUCAUCAACAACGCUAACUCACUCCACGAUCUCUCUCCCACAAUUGGAGUGGAUUUCAAAAUCAAGCAUUUUACGAUUGGUGGUAAAAGAUUGAAGCUUACUAUUUGGGACACAGCUGGACAAGAGAGGUUUGGAACAGUGAUAUGCUCUUAUUACAGAGGUGCACAUGGAAUCAUUCUUGUCUAUGAUGUAACACGGCGAGAGACAUUUACAAAUCUGGUGGGAAUAUGGACCAAAGAGAUUGGACUUUAUUCCACUAAUAAUGAUUGCAUCAAAAUUCUUGUUGGCAAUAAGGUGGAUAAGGAAAGUGAAAGAGCUGUAAGCAAAGAAGAGGGUAUGGCUCUGGCACAGGAACAUAGAUGCUUGUUCCUUGAGUGUAGUGCCAAAACUAGAGAAAAUGUUCAACAGUGCUUUAAAGAUCUCACAUUAAAGAUAUUAGAGGUACCAAGUUUGCGGGAAAAGGGGUCCGUAGAAGUGAAGAGACAAAAGCAAAAAAAGCGCAUAUACGAGACAUCGCAAAGAGGUGGUUGCUGUUCUUAGUAAAUAUGCUGCAACAUGAUUGUGCAAAAGUUUUGAACAAAAGGUAUACUACAGUUACUAUCUGGCCUUUUGUAUCAUAUCAAGUGUCACAAACAAUCACGUAGUUUGGAUUUUGAGUGCUUCAGAUGGAUAUUGAUCUCUCAAUACCUCUUGAAGCCACAAUUUAGUAUUAGAUAAUAAUUUAUAAGAAAGCUCUUUAAUAUUUUGUGCUUUUUCUUACUUUUGUUCCAGUUUUGGAAAUACCUACAAUAUUGUACAUCAUAUGUAAAUAUGUCUACAGUUUGAACGUGUUAAGGUUGAUUUAUGAUUUGGUUUGGUUAGGAUUUGCAGCAAAUUUUUAUGCACUAUUUUUUUGGGACGAAA